GGACAUGGACCAUGACCAAGCUGAUUAGCUUGGAUCUACUCCAGCGUUUAGUUCGGUGACUGACACAUAGUAAGCGUUUAACCAAUACCAUAAAAGUGACCUGCCCUCUAACUCAAACUGGGAUUUUCUCUGACUUUUGGAACUAAAAUAUCCCCUUCAAAAACCUCAGUCUUCGAUCGCAAGAAGAAAAUUCAGUUAAGGGGUAGUGGCUGGGUAUGUUUUAAGAAAAAAACCUACUUUUUUUUAAAGAUUUAUUUUGGCUGAAACAUUUCUUCGUCUAGUUAUGAGGACCAUUUAUAACUUUGUUAAUCUCUGCUGGACAUGGUUAGUGCUUUUGGAAAGUUUUAAAAAAACACCAGAUUAAAAAAAAUGCAACCUCACGUUUCAUUCUUUUUAACAAAAACCGGAUUCACUUGCUUACUAGAGGAAUUUUAGGUUUUGUCAAAAUGUAUAUAUCCUGGAUUUGCUCACAUUAAGUCAGAAAAGCAAGCUUACAAGCAUCGUAAAGAUCUAAAGGAACAAAAAUGGACAAUCAAGCGAGACCUUGAAUUGAGAAAUUUGGUGAGUUUCCUGAGAGAAAAUAAUUUUCGGUAUGAACGCGUGGUGGCGCUGCAGGAUAAGAAGGAGAAGAUCGAGAACUGCAGAUGCCUCGGUCUCCAUUAUUCAUCGAAAGAGCGGCAGAGGGGACUGAAAGAAACGGUGCGUCUUUGUCAGCAGUGCUGGGAAAGGGUCGGACUCUUCAUCAAAGGCUGCUAACAGUACAUUUAAAAAUUGGAAAACCUCGAUAGGAGCUUCACCUGGUCUCGGGUUGCCGUUGACGGUUCCAUAUCUGUGGGAAUAAGCGGGUUUUUACAGCAGAAACAAUGGGAGCCAAAGGAGGGACUAUUCGGCAGAUAAGGCAAGUUGCUUUUCUUCUUAUUUCUUUUAAUAUUUCGGAAGUCGUGUCGGAUUCAGUUCAGUAUUCGGUAUUGGAGGAAUCGGAGAGCGGUUCUUUUGUGGCUAACGUGGCAAAGGACUUCGGGCUUAAUAUCAGGGAUCUCUCUGCCCGGGAAGCUCGGAUCGUUUCCAAAGGUGACAAAUCUUAUUUCCACCUCAACCGCCAGACGGGGGAUUUGCUGUUAAAUGAGAAACUCGACCGGGAGGUCCUAUGUGGGCAGAAGGAGCACUGUGUUGUAAAUUUUCAAAUUUUACUGGAAAAUCCUUUAGAAUUUUAUCGAGCUGAGGUAGCAGUGGGCGAUAUAAACGACAAUUCUCCGGUGUUUCUGGACAAGAAAGUAACUUUGAAUAUACCAGAGAAUACUCCUGUGGGAACGGAGUUUAAAAUGCAAAGUGCCCAGGAUAUAGACGUUGGGAAUAAUAGCCUCCAAGCCUACAGCAUCAGCUCGACUUCCUAUUUCCACAUUAAGACUCGCAGUCGCAGUGACGGCAGGAAAUUCCCGGAGCUGGUAUUGGAUAAAACGCUGGAUCGGGAGCAGCAAGCUGAAUUCCAUCUAACUAUCACGGCUCUGGAUGGCGGGUCUCCGCCCAGAUCCGGAACUGCCGAGAUUCACGUUCUUGUCGUGGACAUUAAUGACAACGCCCCUGAGUUCACUCAACUGCGUUAUGAGGUUCAGAUUCCUGAAAAUAGUCCCGAGGGAUCACUAGUUUCCAUUGUCUCCGCUCAAGAUUCGGAUGCAGGAAACUAUGGGGAAGUUAAAUACACGUUUUUCCAUGCCUCCGAAGAAAUUCGCCAUAGUUUUGAAAUAAAUCCAGUAUCGGGGGAAAUUCGAGUAGUAGGAAAAUUGGAUUUUGAGUUUAGACAGUCGUACGAGAUCGAAAUUGAAGCAAGAGAUGGUGGGGGCCUCUCUGGUAAAUGUAUUCUUUUAGUUCAGGUCAUUGAUGAGAACGACAAUUCGCCCGCCAUCACUAUGUCGUCAAUUACAAGCCCUAUCCCCGAGAACUCGCCUGAAACUGUGGUCGCCCUUUUCAGUAUUAGAGAUCUAGACUCCGGGGACAACGGCAAAAUGGUUUGCUCAAUACAGGAAGAUCUGCCUUUCAUUCUCAAACAAACGUUCGAGAACUUCUACACUCUGGUGACGGACCGAGCCCUGGAUAGAGAGGGACAAUCCGAAUACAACGUCACCAUCACUGUCACGGAUUUGGGUUCCCCCAGCCUCAAAACGGAGCAAAAUAUUACGGUGCUGAUAUCUGAUGUCAAUGAUAACCCUCCGGUGUUCAAUCAAACAUCAUACACGUUGUAUGUGCGGGAAAACAACAGCCCCGCUCUGCAUAUCGGCAGUGUACAUGGUAUGGACAGAGAUUCUGGACAGAAUGCCAGGGUGACCUACUCCCUCCUGCCCUCCAAGGCCCAUGAACUUCCCCUGACUUCUUUCAUCUCCAUCAACUCGCACAAUGGUAAUCUCUACGCUCUGAGAUCCAUGGAUUACGAAGCCAUUCGGGAGUUCCAGUUUGAAGUGAGAGCGGUUGACGGCGGUUCCCCUGCCCUGAGCAGCCAGGCGAUGGUCCGGCUGGUGGUUCUGGAUGAUAAUGACAACAGUCCCUUCAUCCUGUACCCUCUGCAGAACGGCACCGCUCCCUGCAAUGACCUGGUCCCCAGAUGGGCGGAGGCCGGCUACCUGGUGACCAAGGUGGUGGCAGUAGACGCGGACUCUGCUCAGAACUCUUGGCUUUCCUUCCAGCUGCUCAAGGCCACGGACCCUGGACUCUUCAGCGUGUGGCCCCACAAUGGUGAAGUCCGAACCACGAGGCUCAUCACCGAUCGAGACGCCAUCAAGCAGAGACUCAUUGUCCUGGUGAAGGACCACGGGGAGCCUCCUCUGUCCACCUCGGCUACUCUGCAUGUAUUUCUGGUGGACGGCUUUUCAGAACCCUAUUUACGGCUCCCGGAAGUACCUAGGGAAGAUGAGCCUGAGGACUCCCUCACGAUGUACUUAGUCAUUGCUCUGGUGUCCAUCUCAUUCCUUUUCCUCUUCUCGGUGAUCGUCUUCAUUGUAGUGAGGCUGUGGAACAGGAGAAAAGAACCCGCCAAUGCCCCCAGCCUGGGCACUGAUGGCCAUUUCCCGGGACAUUUGGUGGAUGUGAACGGCACCGGGACCCUGUCCCACAGUUACCGCUAUGAGGUGUGUUUAACCACUGGGUCCGGGAACAGUGAGUUCCAGUUUCUCAAACCCGUUAUUCCCAGCUUCCCGGCUCAGGGCGCCUUCAAGGAUGCUCAAGAUAGUUCCCCCUGCCGACAGAGUUUAGUUUUGAGUAACGGACCGGAAUCUUUUCCAGUGCAAAAUUGGGGGAAGCAGAAGAAGGAAAUGGCUCCAGUGCUGCAGAGAAAGAUAAGGCAAGUUUCUUUUCUCUAUAUUUUUGUCUUUCUGGAAGCGUGUGCGGCAUCUGAGACGCUUCGGUAUUCCGUGGCGGAAGAAAUGGCGAGCGGCUCCUUUGUGGCCAAUAUAGCAAAGGACCUGGGGCUGGAUGAGACUUCGCUGUCCUCCCGGAAGGCUCGGAUUGUGGUGGAGGGUGGCAGAGAACCUUUUCUCUUAGACUUGAACAGUGGGACUCUGGUAAUUAAAGACAAUAUAGACCGGGAGGAACUAUGCGGGCAAGUGGAACAGUGCGUGAUCCAUUUUGAGCUCCUACUUCAAAACCCGUUGCAUUUUUUUCGCGUUCAAGUGGAGGUUUCUGAUAUCAAUGAUCAUUCGCCUGUGUUCUCAGAGGAGGAGCAAAUUUUAAAGAUACCUGAAUCGACGAAUAUUGGGGCUCGUUUCCCCUUAGAAAAUGCCCAGGAUUUAGAUGUAGGGAAUAAUAGCCUCCGGGUGUAUACACUCUCUCCGACUAGUGAACAGUUUGAUUUACUCACCGGAGAGCAGAGCGAUGGCAGGAAAUAUGCGGAAUUGGUAUUGGCAAAGUCUCUGGAUCGUGAGGAACAUCCAGAACUCCACUUCCUGCUCACGGCUGUGGAUGGUGGGUCCCCUCCCAGGUCUGGUACCAUUAAGGUCCACAUUAUUGUCCUGGAUGCGAAUGACAACGCCCCCGUGUUCUCUCAGCCGCUUUACAGAGCACUGGUUCUAGAAAACAGUUCGGAAAAUACCUUAGUUACCACGGUGUCCGCCACUGACUUAGACGAAGGGAGUCAUGGAGACGUGUUCUACUCAUUCAGUCAGAGCGCAGGGAAGGUGUCCAGAACGUUCAGCAUUCAUCCCGUGACGGGUGAAAUCCGAAUCACUAAACCUCUGGAUUUUGAAAUGAACGAGAAAUAUGAGUUUAACGUUCGUGCAACCGACGGCGGGGGUCUUUCCUCACAUUGCAAAGUCUUGGUCAACGUCGGGGAUGUGAAUGACAACUCGCCGGAGGUGGUAGUGACCUCCCUGACCAGCCCGCUACCAGAGGAUGCUCUUCCCGGGACAGUGGUGGCCCUUUUUAAUGUCCGAGAUCGAGAUUCAGGUGAUUUCGGGAGAACAAGCUGCUCUAUCCAGAAUGAUAUUCCGUUUGUGCUCAAACCGACCUUCAACAAUUACUUCGAGUUGAUAACAGACGCAGCCUUGGACAGGGAGAGCAUUUCCAACUAUAACAUUACCAUCACGGCCGUGGAUUUGGGCUCUCCCAGCCUCACCACUCUGGAAACUAUUAAGGUGCAAAUAUCGGACAUCAAUGAUAACCCUCCCAAGUUCAAUCAAACAUCCUACCGAAUGCACGUGACUGAAAACAACAGGCCAUCUCUGAUGAUCGGCAGUGUGAACGCCAUCGAUUCGGAUUCGGGAUCGAAUGCUAAAGUGACAUAUGCUAUUUUGCUGGGGUCUGAAUACUUCUCCCCUUUUAUCUCCAUCAAUUCGGAAAAUGGUAACUUGUAUGUCCUGAAGACUUUUGAUUAUGAAGAAGUGAAAGCUCUCCAGGUUACUGUGCAAGCUUCUGACUCUGGUUUCCCUGCCAAGAGCUCAACCGUCACCGUUCAUGUCUGCAUCGUGGACGAGAACGACAACGCCCCGGUUAUAUUAUACCCGCUGCAGAACUCCUCCGCAUCUUACAGUGACCUGGUCCCCAGGACGGCGGAAGCCGGUUACUUGGUGACGAAAGUGGUCGCCGUCGAUGGGGACUCGGGGCAGAAUUCUUGGCUCUCCUACCAACUUCUUCAGACAACAGCCCCUGGACUCUUCACCAUAGUCCCUCACAAUGGAGAAGUGAGAACCAAGAGGUCUGUCACAGAGAGAGAUGCCAUGAAGCAGCAAGUUGUCAUCCUGGUUCGAGACAAUGGCAAGCCAUCCCAGGCCACUCGCGCCACACUGACUAUUCUUUUGGUGAAUGGUUUCUCGGACGUCCAUGUGCAAGUCCCAGACUUUUCUCAGGAAGAAAAGCAGGACGACCCUUUGACGAUGUAUUUAGUCAUUUCAUUGGCUUUAAUUUCCUUUCUCUUUUUGGUGUCUGUAACGAUCUUUAUAGUAAUCAAGACGUGUCAAAGAAAACAAACGAAGGAAAGAUACAGCCCCGCUUCUGGUCACUUUUAUGAUCCCAGCGAUUUUCGAAAUAGUUUGAUAGACAUGGGAGGCACUGGGAGACUCUCACAAUCUUAUCAGUAUGAAGUCUGUUUGACAACUGGCUCCGGGAAUAGCGAAUUCAAGUUCCUCAAACCCAUUAUUCCCAGCCUCCCGGUUCAGCACGGAAAUACUGAAUUGUGCGCAGACAGAAAUCAGGAUCUCCAGCGUACCAAUCAGGUUGAGGCAAGGAAAGGGAUGGCUCAAUUGAAAUAGUUUGGACGUAUCAGAGAACAACUGCCUUUUUUCUUGAUCCUUACUUUUUCCUCAUAUCAGCAGUUGUCAACAUAUGGGGUAGGAAGAAUUUUGCAGAGUUAGUAAAUCUAUUUACUCUCCAUCCUUCUUAUAUCCUCUCACUUGAUUUUCUUAAAUAUAUUGAAGUGUCAUGUGUGUAAACAAUAGUUUCACUUUUAAAUAUGUUGAAAGAGUAUCUAUAUCCUAAAUGAAUGCCAAUGAUGAGUUAAAAUGGAAAUUAACCUUCAUAUUUUUUGAUUUGCCUAAAUAUGUUUAAUGGUGUCUACCAAGUCUAUUGUAUUGUACUAUCCCAAAUACUUAGUACAGUGCUGUGCACACAAUAAAUGCUAAGUAAAUACCACUGAUUGUUUGAUUGAUCAUCAGGGGAAAUUAAAUGCUAAAUAAUUCAACCAGAGAGCAUCCAUGUAUGGGGAGAGAAUAAUAUGAAUAAAACACAAAAAUUGUAGAAAGUAAGAGUAUUUGCACAAAGGGAAAAUUCAGAAAUUUCACACAUUCAGAGGUCAUUGUGGCAUUUGAACCAAACAAGAUAAACAAAACAAAAUAAAACAGCAUUUUCAGUAUAUCUCCUUUAACUAUCCUAAAGCUUAGCUCAGUGUUUUACACAUAGCAAGAACUUAAUCAAUGCUAUCAUUAUUGUUAAGAAUUUAAAUGUAUAUUUUCUCCUUUUACCCAUCUCUAGUAUCAGCAGUUCCAACAAUAAGAAUGUCAAUAGAAAAAUAUAUAGUUCUGGUCUGUUGAGUGAGAGAAUGUCCUUAGUUUUGAGUCGUGAUUAAGUAAAAUUCAAUAGCUUUCAUGAUCUUUCUCUUCUUAAUUUUUUUUAACAAUUAAAUCCUACUUUCAGCUUCAAUCAAGAGUACACUCCUGAGGAAUAUUUGGGACAUAAUAUUUAAAUAUACUAGAUAUUCAUGCUUGGUUGAUUGAACCUGCAAGUUGAAAUUGACAACUGAUUUUGUCAAGUACAAAAACUGAAUUAACAGAUUUAAUUUCACUAUUGAAUGUAAAUAUUUUAUAUACUAAGUUAAUAAAGUUGUUGCAUUUUAUGAUAAAAUUAUAUAAUGCUGAAGUGUUUUAAAGUUUUGAGUUCCAAGUGUUUUUUGAAACGUGGUGAAUAACAUGUACUUCUCGGGAUAUCUGGAUGCUUCUUGACAAAAUGAGUGAAACAAUUUAGCAGAAAUUGUAUACCUAUGUAGAUAGACUAUUUAACGUCCUCCAGUAAGAUGAUCCAGGAAGGGAUUUUAAACCCUAAAAACAGCCCAAACCUAAUCCAAUGGAUGAUGGAGUUGAUAAAUGGAAAAAAGAUCGAGAAUUGGACACCUUUAGUGUCACUCCUUGUAUGUUCCUGAAAAAAUAAAGCAUUUCUCCACAAUAAA